AACCUCACACAUCCUAUUCCAUUCUGAUAAAAAAAAAAAUGCAAUUAAUUGGUUAUAGCUAUUUGGUACUCAAUUUACCUACUGGCCAGUGUACUAGAUACUUCGUUUACCUCAUAAACUAGCCACUGAGUAUAAAGAAGGUACUCUAAAUCACAUUUCUUCGUCUCUCUUAUCGUUUGACGACUUUCCACGUGACUCCAUUCCAGCAUACUACAGCUAAGGCUGAAUAUUCGUGACCCUUUCUGUCCAGGGGAAAAUUAGACAGGACACCGGCGGAAGUAAGAAACUGUGCAAAAAGAGCAAUCUAUGAUUGCCUUUCAAAAAGGAUUUUUGCCUGAAGUCUAUGACAUCAAUCUCAUUCUAUUUCCUGUCAUGAUAUGGCAAAUUCAGGCCAAGAUUGUAGCAGGAUGUUUGCUAGUUAUUUUACCAUGAUGAUACGAUAUCUUCCUGAUUGACAGACAGUCUUCCACACCAUGGUGUAAAUGUAGGAUAUUUGAGUGGAAAACGGCAAACUUCUGCCUCCCACCAUUUUCUUUCUUUCUGCCUUCUUGUAAAAACAGUAUGCAAUAGCUGAUAAUUACUGAGUCAUUCUCCCCAUUCUAUUUAUUACUUUGUUAGAUUUGGAAUAAAAACCUUAAGUUCUAUACAGGUAGCUUUCAAGCAUUGCCUUAAACAAGGCUUCUUUUCCUUAGAAAAUUAAAUUUUAAUCAAAAGGCUACCUAUCUCUACUUCAUCCUAUCCAUCUCUGUAUUUCUCUUUCUUCCAAAAUGGGUAAAUCGUCAUUUGAGUGCAAUUUUUGUGACAAAGAAUUCACCAAUAGAUCUAGAUUAGAUUCUCACCAGAGAAUUCACACAGGAGAACGACCACAUAUUUGUAAUCAGUGUAAUCGGCCAUUUCGCACAGCCUCUGAUUUGAAAGUACAUUUCCGCACUCAUACUGGAGAGAAGCCUUAUAAAUGUAACUUCUGUGAUCAAGCAUUUGCAGUUUCACGUAAUCUCACUGCACACAUACGUAUUCAUACAGGUGAGAGACCUUUUAUCUGUUCCUUAUGUCACAAGGCUUUCACACAGAAAUCUGCACUCAAUGUUCACUCCAGGAUUCAUACUGGUGAUAAACCUUUCCAGUGCAUCUUUUGUGCCAAACAGUUUGCAUACUCUAACAGCUUGAAGGUGCACUUACGUGAUCAUACACGUGUUGAGAAUGGCAACGACAUUGACACCAAUAACAGCAGCAACAACAGUAGUGAUAUUCAUUCUGUAAGUAAUAACACUAACAAUAUUAUUAGUAACACAAAUCUUUCUGGUAGAGGCAGACGUAAAAAAAAUAAUCGUCGUAAAGCAGGUAGAGCCCCUAAAAACCAGGAGACCAUCAAGCAAUCAACUGUAUUGGGAUUCUCUGAUUAUACUCAACCAGAGGAAGAAGCUCUCUAUACUUGUUCUAUUUGUUCCCAAGGCUUUGACCAAAUUGAGCUUCUAGCCGAGCAUUGGAAGUCUCACAAUGAAGACACUGAUUCUGAGAAGAGUGAUGACGACAAUCCUUCAAGAACUGUUCAGAAAGAUGUUAAUGGUGUUGGUAAAGUACCAUCUAAGGCCGAAGAUGAUUUAAAAGAGGAAAAGAACCAAGAAAACUUGGUUGCACCUAGAUUCAACAAAGCUGUUGAUGACAAUGAUAUUUAUCAAAAGAUCGACAAAGAUAACUCUUCACAUGCAGAGUUUACAGAGCCCUCUUCCAUUUACUGUAACUUAAGAGAAAGCAUUGCAAAAUCACUUGGUGCAAUUCAGAUUAGCAAUGGGCAACGUCAGACUAGAUCUAGAAGUAAAGAACAGUCUGAUGAUGCUUCAAUUUCAGCAGUAGCACCUUCUAAACAUUCUCAGUCAUCAAAAAGUUGUCACUCUUCCAAAUCACCUUCUGUUAGUGCAUCCAAUACUACGUUUGGGGGUAGAUCCAAACGGCUGCUUUCAAAAAAUCCAGUUGGCAGUCAGGCUAGUCAGGCAACUAAAAAUAUCAGUCCAACUGCUUCAGUUGCUAAUAACUCAUCUAAUGUAAGCCUUUAUGGGAACGAAUCUUUCAAUUCUGUAAAAACUGAAGAAAAUAUGAACUGUGUUUCUGAGAACGAGCACUUUGUUGAUAAAGGAAAUACAUCCCGAGACAAUAAAUGGGAAAGUUACCAGACCACUACUCUGAUAGAUGAAGGAGAAAACCAAAGUGCUGUUAUUACAGAAUCAUUGGUCAGUAGCAUCUCAGUGAAAAAUGAGCCAUCUUUUCUGCCUUCUAGUGAUACCUUUUCCAAGGAAAUUUCUCAAACAUCAGACAAUGCAAUGUCUGAGACAAAUCUUGGCAAAGAGAUCACAAAAUCAUCAUCAUGCCUUGUUGAAAAUAAAUUAGAUAUUGCUUCUCUUUUUGACCAAGAUAUUUACACAUCUGCUCUCAAUGAUGCUCUGAAGUGUCUUCCAUCGACAGCUUCAUUAUCCAAUUCCUUCCUGAACAAUGACAACAACAAUCACAGCAAUAACAAUAGUAGUGAUGAAAAUAAAGACCCUCUUAACUCUUCAGGAGACAUAACUGACUCUUUUAUAAAGAAAGAAACAGAAGGUACUGUUUUCUUAAAUCUACCCCAAUCCUCUCAACAGGAUUUGGUGGCUUCUUCCUCCAUGCCAUCUAUAAUGUCAAUGAUGGAUCAGUCCCAAAUUGAUAUGUUGUCCAACUCCACUGCUGCUGAUACAUCAUCAAAUAUUGCUGAAAAAUUUAAAACAUACAAGUGUACACUAUGUGGCAUGAUACUAUGUGAGGCUGAACUUUUCGUUGAACAUUUAGGGAAACAUUCCCGAAAUGCUAAUCCAUUCAUAUGCACAGAGUGUGGAAGACAAUGCACUCGUCAGUAUGAUUUGAAAGUGCACACUAGAACACAUACAGGCGAGAGACCAUACAAAUGUAGAUUUUGUAAGCGUGGGUUUGCUAUUUCUCGCAAUCUUGUGGCACAUCUGCGUAUUCACACUGGGGAGCGACCUUAUCAGUGCAAUACCUGCAAUAAGUCAUUCACUCAACAAAGUGCACUACGGACACACAGCCGCAUUCACACUGGUGAAAAGCCAUAUGUUUGUAAAAGCUGUGGCAAAACAUUUUCUUAUUCGUAUGUCCUAAACUCACAUGUACGUGAUAACAAACUUUAUCGCUGCAACUAUUGCCAGGGAAUGUAUAUUGGGUCUUGUGCCAUUAACCUGCACAUGAAGUCGCAUGAUGAAGACAAACAGCUAGCAGAAAGUGCUGCUGGUAUCAAGGAACUUUCUUUCAGUACAGAUAAUACCGAGAUUCUGAAUGAAAAUGUAGUUAAUGAAAUGGACAGAAAGCUGUUAAGCUCUACUGGAACACCACACCUAAAGAAUUCCAAGUCAAAAAAAAAAAGGAAAGGAAAAUUAAAAUUGAUUUCUCAGACUAUUGAUGUUACUGAAUCUAUAGACUGCCAGAUUACCAACAUAGACAAUCCAGAUCUUUGGCCAAAUACAGAUAUGCUUGUUAAAAUGGAAAAUAAUACUGAAGAAUUCAUAAGAAAUGGUGAAAAUUUUGGGAAUGUAGAUCAAUCUAUAUUUGGAAAAUCAGGUCUACCAGACCAAUUGGGUUGUGAUUCUCAGAUUUCAAAAAAUGGAGAUGAUCUGCAGGCACUUUAUGUGGGGAAUUUAGAAAUGCAAAACUACAGUCAGAACUCUGAAAAUGUUGCCCCAAAGAGUUCCUCUCAAGAGGGUUUUGGCGGAAAAUUAAGUUCCUAUUUUAAAUAUGCUAAACACUUGUCUUUGCAACAUGAAGCCAAAAUAUCAAGAAAAAUAAAAGCUAGACAAAAAGCUCAUAUCUGCUGGUAUUGUCACCGAGACUUUGGAAAAUUCAAGGACCUGUGUAAACAUGUGGGGAAACACUGGAAAAGCCGUCUUUACAGCUGUUCUCAUUGCAAGAGGAAGUUUACUCGUCAAACUGCUUGCAAAAUGCAUAAAAUGAUACAUGGUAAGAAAUAUUUCAAAUGUCAAUAUUGUAGUAAAAGUUUUGCAUUCUCAUGCAGCUUGAUGUCUCAUUUGAAAGUAGUCCACACACACCGGUGCCAUGUAAAAAGCCAUAAUUGUCAGCAUUGUUUUCAGUCAUUCAGUCGUUAUUACCUCCUUUCAGCACACAUAAAAAAGCAACACUUAGGAAAAUCAUCUGAGAAACUAGGUGAUACAUUUAUAAAAUCUAACAAAUCAUUAAUCCCACAGCAGCCUUAUGAAAACAAUACUGGUAUUCUAGGUAUCGAUGAGCCUCAUUUACCAUCUGAGGUGAGUCCAACUUCUUCUGUGCAAAAUAAUGCAUCUUGCCAUCAAUUGAAUAAUGAUCAGAUUGUUAUUUAUCUUGAAGAAGAAGGUGAUCCCAAAAUGGAAGAUCUUGAAAACGAGAUCGAUGAUAAUAUGUUAUCUUCCAAUUCUGGUGAAGGAUCUGCCAUUGAUAUCAGUGCAACAUCUCUAGAUGACCCUGAUGCUGAUGAUGAAGAGGAAAAUCUGUCUUGUAGCUUUUGUGAGCGUACUUUCAGCCAACGCCAUCAGCUUUUGGUACAUCUUCGAAUUCAUACUGGUGAAAAGCCAUAUAAAUGUACUUGGUGUCAUAAAGCAUUUCGUGUGUCGAAUGAUCUUAAUGUACAUACGCGUAUUCACACAGGCCAACGUCCUUAUAGGUGUAAAGUGUGUGAUAAAACAUUUACAGUCUUACGUAACUUGUCAACCCACAUGAGGGUACAUACAGGUGAAAAACCUUAUCAGUGCAAUAUAUGUACUAGACGUUUCUCUCAGAAAUCAGCUCUUACGGUCCAUAUGCGUAUCCAUACUGGAUCAAAACCUUUCAGAUGUGGUAUGUGUCCACAAAGUUUUGCUCAUUCAUCAAGUUUACGGCAACAUAAGCAGCGUCAUGUCACUGACCAGCUUGAGGAGGAGGUUUUCCGAUGCACUGUUUGUGACAAGACUUUCCCUUGCUUCGAUACUCUUAGCAGUCACGUUGAAGAACACCUUAAAGAAAAUUUAGAAUCAAAUAGCAAAAAUAAACCUGGGUUGAGCAAAACUGCAAUAUCAUCAUCAGGAGUAAAGAUUAAUGAAGAGUCUGUUUUGCAAGAAGGGACUUACACAUCAUCUCUAAAAGAAACCAACUAUGCAAUUAAAGGUACUGCUAAAAAACGAGGCAAAAGAAAAACAAAAAACCGCAACCAUUCUAAUUUAUCUGAUGGUUUCGAUCAACAACAGCUUAAUCAAGUGAACCAAGUCAUCAACAAAAUGAAGCUUGAGGAAGAAGCCAUGCUUUGCAUCAAAGAUGAAUCCAAUUCCUCAAGUAUGAUUGAUUCUCUUAAAUUCAAAGCCUUGAACGAUGAUCCUGCAGAUCCAUCACCAUCGUCAUCAGUUGCAACAUUGGAAAAAUCUUUUCGCACUUUGAAUAACCAAAAGAAGAAAGAGAAAAUUCCUUGUGUCGGUACUUCUCAAAACAUGGCCUAUAAAUCUGAUCCUGGAGAUUUCUCUAGCCAGCAACAGCAUUUAUUAGAAUCUGAAAAUUUGAACAAGGUUGACUUUGAUGAUGUUGUUGGCUUUGCUGAAAAGAGUGAUGAUAAUGUUUCGGACACUGCCUCACAAAUUUACUCUUGUAACGACUGUGAGAAAACAUUUAAUCAGAAAUGCCUUUUAUUAGCACAUAGCAGGAUCCAUACAGGAGAACGUCCUUAUAAUUGCCAUGUCUGCAGCAAGACAUUUCGCAUUCCUAAUGAUUUGAAAGUCCAUUUGCGGAGUCAUACAGGAGAAAGGCCUUACAAAUGUCAAAUCUGCAAUCGUGGUUUUUCGAUUUCUCGAAAUUUAACCGCUCAUUUGAGGGUUCACACUGGAGAAAGACCAUUUAAGUGUGAAUUCUGCAGCAAAUGUUUCACUCAGAAAUCAGCUCUAACAGUUCAUAUAAGAACCCAUACAGGUGUUAAGCCAUUCAAAUGUGAAGUCUGUGGUCAAUCUUUUGCCUAUUCUUACAGUCUCAAUGUUCACAGGAAACAACAACAUAAUUUAAAUAGCAAUAGCAAACCGUCCAGUGGCCGGCUUUACAAGUGCAAUGAUUGUGACCAAACAUUUACACAUGGCUAUCUUCUUGGAAUCCAUCGAAGAACUCACAAGCAGCGCAGUAAAGCCAAGCAACAAAACUCAAUUAAUCAAGUUCCUCAUGCCAAGAUGCAAAGUUCUGAGGAUCAGCACUUAAAUUCACGUUUGAAAUCGGAUCCUUUCUUGUCUCUUUCACUUGUUAAUAACAAUCUCAAUGAACUCGAAAUUGAUCAGAUUACUCUCAGUCAGAAAGAUUCUCUGAACCUUCAUGAAAAAUCACUUGAAGAGUUAGACCAGAAUAAUAUGUUCAUUAAAAGCAAUACUAGUGAUUUUCAAGCUCAUAAUGCAGACUUAGGAGAUUUUGAAAAACCUCACCAGUCAUUACGUACCAAAUUUGGAAUCUCAGAGAAGCUCAACAGAAAAACCAAAAGGCAAAGACGCUCAAAGUAUUCAUUACAAUCUGCAGAAAAUGAUGGAAACAAAAAUGGUGAAAAUGAGUGUGUUGAACUAUCCAAUACUGAAAUAGAUCUUGAUGAAAUAGAAGCAACAGCUGCACGGCUAGAGAGUCUGUUAUCAGAUGAACCACUCUCCAUUGAUGAGGCUGCUUGCAAAGUGUGUGGUAAAACAUUUAGCCAAAGAGCUCAUUUAGCUGCUCAUUAUCGCAUCCAUACUGGUGAGAGACCUUACAAGUGUCGCUUGUGUUUUAAGGCUUUCCGUGUAUGUAGUGACCUUACAGUGCAUCUGCGUACUCACACAGGUGAGAGACCUUAUAAAUGCCAAUACUGCCCAAAAGCCUUUUCAAUUUCUCGGAAUCUUACUGCACAUUUACGUACGCAUACUGGUGAGAGACCAUUUGCAUGUGGACAAUGCAGCAAACGAUUCACUCAGAAGUCUGCUUUAACAGUUCAUAUGCGUACACAUACAGGUGUACGACCAUAUGUAUGUCAAGUAUGUAAAAUAACCUUUACAUAUUCACAUAGUCUGAAAAUGCAUAUCAAGCAUCAUCACUCCAGAGCAAGUAUGUCUGAUGCACCUGAGGCUUCGCCGGCAUUCCAAUUUGAUGGCACUACUGACUAUCUAUUUCCAAAUGCUCCUAUAUCUGAUGGCAGUUUAAUACUUGAAUCUCCUGAAAAGAAAUCCAAUUCCAGCUUAACAGAUAAUCUGAAUAGAUUUGGGGAUGACACAGUGGCAGAAAGUGCAAUGGACGCUAAAUGCAGCAUAAGUCAAAAUAUUUUUAAAGAUGCAAUUGACAGUGAAUAUAAUGAUAGUAACAUAUUCUUAGAUGAUAUGUUCUCUUCAGCUAACAGUUCUGCUAAUUUCCUGACCAAUAGCCAGCAGCAACAAAAUUCUGCUACUUCAUCUUUUAGUGAACAAACUUCUGAUAAUGGCAACUUUGACAACUUAACUGAGAUGAAUAGCAAGUGCCAAAUUUGUGACAAAACAUUUAACCAAAAGUCUCGUCUUGUUGCACAUUUGCGUACACACAGUGAAGAGAGGCCAUAUCAAUGUAACCUGUGCCCCAAGACAUUUCGUGUAGCCAGCAACUUGUCUAUACACAAGCGUGUCCACACUGGUGAAAGACCAUAUAAAUGUGACAUUUGUAGCAAAUCAUUCACAAUCUCUCGUAAUCUUUUCACUCACAUGCGUACCCAUACUGGCGAAAGACCAUUUUCAUGUGAACGCUGCAGUAAAAGGUUCACACAGAAGUCAGCCUUGACUGUCCACAUGCGAACUCAUACUGGGGAUACCCCAUAUGAGUGUGAUGCUUGUGGGGAAAAGUUUACAUACUCCAGCAGUUUUAUGCUCCACAAAAAGCACAAUAAAGCUAUUAAUUGCACCUAUUGUGGAGAAGUCCUUUUGGGCAAGUGUGCCUUCCGCUCUCAUCUGCAAAAACACAUUACUGCUUAAGCAUUCUCAGAUCAAGAGUGAAAAUAAACCAGCUUACCGCCUUUGAA